AUUCUUCGUUCGCGGCAUUGCAUUUCUUUUUUUUGAUUAUCAUCAUCAAACAACAUUGAAAGAUUACAUUGCAAAAACAAAGUGAAUUUUUUUCAUUUCUAACUAAACUAUGCUAUUGGAUUCAAUGCCGACUGUUGCUUUCGAUUAUGAUGUUGAUACAUCAGGCAUUGGCGCCAGUAUUACAACAACAGGCAAUAAUAAUAAUGUUGCCGCUGGUGCUGGUAUACAGUCACCACCGCCAACAACAACAGCCGAUAAUUCGAUAAGAAUGAUGAACAACAAUCCGAUGAUGACAUCUUUACCGGCCGAAACAAUGUCAUCAGGUGGCCAUAAUCUUGAUAUUAUUACCAAUUAUGUUGAUUCAUUUUUACAAGCUGAUUCAUUUUUUCCACAAUUAACUGAAUUAUUAAAAGUUUCGCCCGGCUUUGUAUCAAUAUCUGGACGACGUGAUUUUGAUUAUCCAAAUCUAGAAGAAUAUGGUAAUUCAUUGAAAACAUUAUCACAAUUUGUUGGCCUAAAAACAAUUCCAUUACCAAAACUUUUGAUCGAACAAUUCGGUCAAAUGGUACAACGUUGUGAAAUGGGAAUAUUUACCAGUAUUGGACGUGCUUGGUUGGCUAUCGAUACAAAUGUUUAUUUAUGGAAAUAUGAUACCGGUACGGAUGUUGCCUAUUAUGAUGCACUUUCACGUAUGAUAAUCAAAGUAGAAUUGGUUAAACCAAAACAAGGUGUACUUAAAUCACAUAUCAAAUAUAUUCUUGUAUUGGUAACGUUUACCGAAAUUAUUUUAUUGGGUAUCACAUUUAGUGAUUUAAAUAAUCCGGAUGGUGAUUUGGGUGAUUUAUUGGUAAUGCCUGAUCCAUUAUUCACCAUACCGACCGAUAAUGUUGAAGUAAAAGUUAUUCAAUCUACGGAUGAUGGUCGUAUAUUUUUUGGUGGUAAUGAUGGUUCAUUAUAUGAAAUUCAUUAUCAAUCAGAUAAUGGUUGGUUUGGUGGACAAAGUUGUCAUAAAAUUAAUCAUUCAAUAAGUUCGUUUGCAUUUUUGGUACCAAAAAUAUUGAAAAAUUCUAAACAAAUACCAAUCAUACAGAUUGAUAUUGAUAAAGCACGUAACAUACUUUAUACAUUGAAUGAAGAAGGUGAUAUUGAAGUUUAUGAUCUUGGUAUUGAUGGUAAAUCCGUACAACGUAUUAUACAAAAAUCCAUACAAUCAAUAACACGUGAAGCAAUUGCAGCAGCAUCUGCUAUUGAUGAAAUAAAUUUCAAAUCGAUUGUAUCGAUAAAUUCAAUUGAAGAAUGUGAAUCUAUUUAUAUAAAUUUGGUUGCUGUUACUAAAACUGGUGUACGUCUUUAUUUUACGGCUACAUCGUUAAAUUCACCGGAACAACGACCAUUCGGUCUGUCAUUGUUGCAUAUUCGUUUGCCACCGGGUUUUGCCGCUUCUUGUGGACAACAUCGUCCAACUGCCGUUCAACAAACUUAUUAUAAAAAAAGAAAUUUUAUUUUCAUUUCAUAUCAAACUGAUAACAAAGAUACUUUGUGGUCAUUAAGUUCAGAUUCAUUUGCAUUUCGUAAUGAAUUAAGUGAAUUAUAUACAAUAAUACCAUUGAAAACCCGGAUAUGGUCAAUGGCUGAAGAAACAAAUAUUAUUGAAUAUAAACCAUUUCAAAGUCUAUUUUUCAAAAACAAAACAUUUGUAUUGGAAACACCGGCCAUUGUAACACAGCAUAUUGAAAUGCCAAGAAAAUUUAUUUUCCUCACUACACAAGGUGUUAUAAUUGGUUAUAAACCACGUUUAAUUGAUCAAUUGAAACAAUUAUUAAUUGAAAAUCAAGGUUAUGAUAAUGAUUCGGUAAAAUCAUUUUUUCAUUUACAUAAUUUUAGUUCAUUUCAAUCGAAUGCAUGUGUAUUUGCAUUAAUAUUAGCUUGUGAUUCACAACCAACUGGUGAAGAGAAAUUAAUUGAAUGGGCAACAUCAGCAUUUUUUCAUUAUGGUACGGAAAUGUUACAACAAACAUCAUCAACAUUUGGUAUGGCACAAACAACAUCAACACCAUUUAUAUCGACACCAUUGACUAGUCCAUCAUUGAUGCCAGUAAUUUCAGGCAGUGGUGAUAAUCUUCAUCAUUUACCAAGUCCUGUACGUCCUGCAUCAUAUGAUAGUCCAUAUAAAACAAAUGUUAUGAAUCGUUUUGAAUUGUCACAACAACAACAACAACAAACACCAUUAUCAUCGACACAAUUUUCUCAACAACAACAACAACAAUUUCAGCAACAACAACAACAAUUUCAACAACAACAACAACAAACACAUUAUCCAUUACAAAAUUGUUCGGGUAAAUGUCGUGGUCUUUUUAUUUAUUUUUCUCGUAUUAUUCGUCCGAUAUGGAAUUUAAAAGCAAUUACCGUUAAUCAAAAACAAACACCAGAAGGAAUUCAAGAAUUACUUACCAGUAAUAUAUCAGUUGAUGAAAUUAAAGUAUAUCUACUACGUUUAACAUCACUUUAUAGUUUUUUAAAGAAAAAUAUGAAAUUUUCAACUAUGGAAACAACUGAUAAAUAUUUAAAUUCAUCAUCAACAACAUUUUCAAUCAAUGAUCAACAAUUAAUUGAACGUAAUCUAAUAUUUGGUUUAUUCAAAUUAAUUGAACAUUGUUUAGAAGUAUUGAAUCUAUGGAAAUUAUUAUGUAUACAUCAAUUUCAUGUUAUAGUUGCCAAUUUAACUAAAGAUAAACAAAAUCAAUUGGCUAAUAUGAAUUUUAAAGAAUUAAUUGUAUAUGGUUCUGAAAUGACAACAAUGUUGGCAAGUGCAUUGGUACAACGUUUUAUUGAAGAUCAUUCAACUACCGAUAUUAUUAAUCGUCGUUUACAAGAUGUUUGUCCAUCGAUUUAUAAAAAUGAAAAUGCAUUACAUGCAAAAGUACAUGAAAUGAUAUUGAAAUCAAAAUCCUAUUCGAAUGAAAAUGAUCGUAAAAUUUUGUUGGAUAAUGCAUUGAAAUUAUGUAAAAAAAUUGGACCGAGAAUUAAUUUACAAGCAAUUUGUGAUCUAUUUCAAUCGAUCAAUUGGUAUGAAGCAAUUGUUGAUAUUUGUCUUUUAACUGGACAACAACGUGAUCCACAAUGUUUAGCAUUACAUUAUUAUAAAAAUCAUGAUAAAAUGGAAACAGAUUUACAAGUAAAAAAUAUAUAUGAUUCACGUAUUGAAUGUUAUCGAUUAUUAUUGGAUGUUUAUGGUCGUCUUGUACAGCAAAGUAAAUCAUUACUUUGUCAACGAUCAUCGGUUACGGCUGCUUCUUCGUCAUCUUCAUCAUCGACAACAACAGCGAUAGCGAAUUAUCCAAAUCCAGAUGAUGCAAAAAAAUAUGCACAAACAAUUCUUCAUAUGGCUACACAAUCAAAUGAUGAAUUAUUUCAUUAUAUACUUUAUAAUUGGCUUUAUGAACAUAAUCAAAUGGAUAAAUUAUUGGAAAUUAAAUCAUCAUAUUUGGAAACAUAUUUAAAAGAAAAAACUUCGGAAAUUAAUGAUUCAAUUGCAUUAAUGGAUUUUCUAUGGCUUUAUUAUGAACGUAAUGGUCAUUUUAAUGCUGCAGCACAAAUAUUAGCCAAAUUAGCUGAACAAAAUUCCAAUGAAAUACCAUUAUAUAAAAGAAUUGAAUAUUUAAGUCGUGCUAUUGUUUGUAUGAAAAGUUUAGAUGCACGUCUUAUAACGAAUGGUUCAUAUGGUUCGGCUGGUGAAUUUUUACAUACAUUGGAAGAAAAAAUUGAAGUAGCACGUAUACAAAUGCAACUGUUAACAACAUUGGAAAAAAUUAAACCACCAAGAUAUGAAGAAGCAAUACAGAUGCUUAAUCAACAAUUAUUAAAUGUAACAACAUUAUAUCAGGAUUUUGCCGAACCAUUUAAACUAUAUGAAUGUCAAUUGAAAAUAUUACAUUGUGCUGGUCAUGAUGAUAUUAGUUUGAUUGAAAAUAUUUGGCAUAAUAUUCUGGAUAAAGAAUUACGUUCGAUUCGAAUGGCUGAUGUACAAACACGACAAACAUUAUUACGUAAUAAAAUCAAAGAAUUAGGUGUACUUUAUAUGAAUACGGAGAAAUUUUUUCCAUUAGAAUUGAUAAUAACCAUAUUGGAAUCAUCGAAUCAAAAUCAAACAUAUGAACCAUAUUGGCUUGUAGAAACAUUAUUGGAAUUGAAAAUUUCAUUAAUAAAUUUGUUUGAAAUUUAUCAUAAAAUUUAUAAAUCAAGAAUUAAUCAUAAAUCUACUGGUGGUAUUUUACUAGAUCCAGUUGAUUUAUUGGAUAUUUUGAUUUAUUUGAUUAAUCAGAAUAUGAAUUCAAUCGAUAGACAUUUUGCAUCGAAAGCAUUGGAUCUAAUUUCUGGCUAUAUCAAUGAUUUGCUUUUAUUUUCAUCUGUUUUCGAUUCAACCGAUACAAAAGUAACAAAAAUUCGUCAAGAAUUGAAUCGAACAAAAAUUUAUUUGGAACGUUAUGUGAAAUGAGCAACGUUUUACAAAAAUCAACCUACAUUGGCUGUGUAUAUCAUUGCAUCACUUGAAUAAUUUUUUUAAAAUUAACAUUACUAAUCGGACUACAGAUAAUAAU